AUGACUAAACGAAAUAUCCUCGCAGGCUGGGCAAAGGCUGGACUGUUUCCAUUUAACCCUGAAAGGGUUCUCCGUGACCUUACAAAGCCAGGCGCUCCACUGACUGUUCAAGCACUGAGAGCAGAUGGAGCUUCCCAGGACGAGAUUGUUCAAACACCAGUCACACCUUUAUCAUCAGAAGCUCUUAAAGAUGUGCUAAAUCAGAUUAAGCAGUGCUCUCGCUCUGAUCAGCAGCAUAGUAAGCUAGUCCAAAAGCUUGCCAACGCCGUUGAGAAAUCUAUUGCUCGCCAAGCUCUUGAUGAAAAUUACAUCAAGGUCCUCAGGACUGCAAACAAUGAGGCAAAACCUCGCAGAUCGACAAAGUCGAAAAUCCUUGGGAAAGCAAGGGUGAUGACUUACGAGGAUAUCGUCGCAGAACGUGCUAGGAGGGAUGCUGCACCUUAA